AUGGCCUCAGACGACAAGAUCCUGGUCGAGAAGGCAGACAGCCUGACCAAGGCCGUCCGCAAGAAUGAGCCAGCCUCAAACAUCAUCCCGAUCCUCGAGUACUUCAAGAAGAUCCCUCCCCCGAACGAGGAUGCUCUCCGAACCACCAAGAUCGGUGUCGUCAUAGGGAAGCUGCGCCAUCACGGAGACAAGGAGAUCAAGCAGACCGCGACCGAGAUUGUGAUGAAGUGGAAGAAGAGUGUCGAUGCUGCCAAGAAGGCAAAUCGCGCGCCCAUGGCAUCUCCCUCUGGCACCCCUGCUGCGCCCUCACCCGCCCCUGCUGCGAAUGCUACGAGCCAGGUCUACAAGGGCGAUCCCGAGAAGCGCACCUUUACCAUUGAUGGAGUCGACAACAAGCGCACCGGCGAUGCGGUUCGCGACGGCUGCAUUGGGCUUCUGUACAACGGCCUUGCCUAUCGCUCCACUGACCCCAUCGAGGACGUGCUCAUGAAAGCGAUCGAGAUCGAGAAGGCUGGCUACGACCACUUCAACGGCCCCACGGAUGCGUACCGGAAGAAGAUAAGAUCUUUGUUCCAGAACCUCAAGAACAAGACCAACCGCGAGCUGGGCAUCAAGCUCAUGGCCAACGAUAUCACAGCUGUGCGCUUCAUCAAGAUGACCCACGAGGAGCUGAAGUCCGCCGAGAUGAAGAAGCAGGAGGAGAAGCUAGAGGCCGAGAACAUGAAGAAGGCCCAGGUCCCCAUGGCCGAGAAGAGUAUCAGCACAGCCCUAACCUGCGGCAAGUGCGGUCAGAAGAAGGUCAGCUACACGCAGGCUCAGACCCGCAGUGCUGAUGAACCGAUGACUACAUUCUGCGAGUGUCUGAUUUGUGGCAACCGCUGGAAGUUCUCUUGA